UGUGCCAUGUGGUGAACUGACAAAUAAGUUACUUAUUUUAAUAAAUAACAAUUUGAACCAGAGUCUAUAAGAGAACACUAAUAUAAACGGACUCUGAAUGUUCUUUACAAGAAACUUUCAUCAAAUUAACAAUCCAUAUAUCUUUAAAAAUAACUCGAGAGUAUUAGAAUUUGUUGCAGCAUAACGGCAGUAGCAAAUCGACAUAUUUAAAUUAAAAAAUUUAAAAAAGAACUUGGCUGUACUUUUAAUUAUGCCCAUCAUGCCACACUUUGAUUUCGAUGAAAUAAAUAUCCUCAACGAUAAUACAAAUGACAUGGAUAUUAUUAGAGAUAUAAUUAAUACUGAUAAGCCAGAAGAUGCCUUCUAUGUAGCAGAUAUUGGUGACGUUAUUAAAAGACAUCAUGAAUGGAUUAAAAAAAUGCCUAAAGUUAUACCACACUACGCGAUUAAAUGUAAUGCAAAUCCGACAGUAAUUAAAGUUUUGGCAGCUUUAAAUGCUUGUUUCGAUUGCGCAUCUAAGCAAGAAAUAGCACAAGUAAUGCAGUACAAUGUGCAAGGUGAACGGAUAAUUUUUGCACAUCCAAUGAAAUUGCCAUCUCAUAUCAAAUAUUCCAAAAAAGUCGGUGUCGAACAAAUGACAGUUGACAGUGAAUCUGAAUUAAAGAAAAUUAAAGAAUAUUUUCCCAAAGCUAAAAUCGUGAUACGCAUACGCUGCGACGCGAAAAACUCGCCUGUCUCGCUAGGAGCAAAAUUCGGCUGUGACCCGUGCAAAGAGGCGGUGUGUUUAAUACAGUGCGCCAAAGAUCUCGACUUGAAUUUGCACGGAUUCAGUUUUCACGUUGGCACCCCGUGCUUAGAAAUCGAUGCCUAUCGCAGAGGAAUUAAAAUGUGUGAAAGACUAAUCGCUAUCGCCAAAACACUGGGCUACAAAAAUGUGCAGCUGAUCGACAUCGGCGGCGGUUUUGAGAGCGUACGUGGAAAGGAACUCGAUACGCUGGCAUGUGUUAUUAACGGCGCGAUAAAAGAUCUCGAUCCUACUGUAAGAGUCAUUAGUGAACCAGGACGAUAUUAUGUCGGUUCGAAUUUUACUUUAGUUUCGUACUUGCAUUCCAAAAAACUUGGCGUUUCCGAGGACGGCGUACUGAGAAGAAUGUAUUACAUGAAUUGCGGUGUGUACAAUUCAUUUUUGGAUGAAUUGUUGGGCGUACAAUCCAGACUGCCAGAAUUACUUUUCAAGCCAAAGUCUGACGAAAAGUUCCCAUCGAGUUUGUGGGGACCAACUGCCGAUUCGUUCGAUUUAAUUGUUAAGAAUACGCUGUUGCCUGAACUUUAUAUAGGUGACUGGUUGAUUUGGAAAAAUAUGGGCGCUUAUACAUUAGCUCUUUCCAAUACAUUUAACGGAUUCCCGAUUCCUGUCGUAAAACCAUUUAUUAGGAAAAGUCAAUGGGAAAAGUUUCAAGAGCGUAUUAAUCAAACGUGAAGGAAUAUUUUUGGUUUCAAAAACUGCUGCAUUAAGUAAACGUCAAAAUAAUCGAACGUAUUAAGUUUUAUCAAAGAAAUUAUGACAAACAUGAUAAGCAUCUUUCGUUCAGCAUUUUAAAUAUUUAUGUAAAAAAUAUUUGUUUAAAUGUUAAAUAUUGUAAUAUUAUACUAUUACAAUUUUACAAUUUUACAAUAAUAUUGUAAUAUUAUUUAAAUAUUGUAUUAGAGAGAAUGCAGAG